AUUCUUUCUCCUACAGAAAAAUGAAAGAUUACGCCCUUCUGCUUUUCACAAAACCUAUCUAAAAACCAAACCUUCUUAUAUCGUUCUCUAAUUUUUGCUGCCGACGACGUUCGUAAUCUCCAUAUCGAUCUCACGACUGCUGCGUCUUCUCCAUCUCUUGCGCCUAAGUGAGUCUCUCUCUCAAUCGCUGGAAAAUGUCCCAGACUUAGUUUAACAACACGCAAUCAUAGAUUGAGGCAAACUUCAUUGAUUUUGACAUGGUGGAACGUGGUUUUGCACAUUGUUGUAGUCCUUUUGUUAAUAAUCAUCUGAACUUAUAUCAACACAGGCAAUAUGCAGGCUAGUGACAGGUUUAAUAUCAAUUCCCAACUUGAGCAUCUGCAAGCUAAGUAUGUGGGAACAGGGCAUGCAGACAUGAACAGAUUUGAAUGGGCUGUUAAUAUCCAAAGAGACAGCUAUGCAUCAUAUGUUGGGCAUUAUCCAAUGCUUGGAUACUUUGCAAUAGCAGAAAAUGAGUCAAUUGGAAGAGAACGCUACAAUUUUAUGCAGAAAAUGUUGUUGCCUUGUGGUCUUCCACCAGAAAGAGAAGAUGAAUAAGGGCAUCAAGUUGUUCAUGGGAUAUUUAUAGUUGAUUAUGAAAAACUUGUGUAGUAUCAACUAUCAACUUGAUUUGAUGUGAGGAUAAAAAACUAUGUUGAGUUUUUAAUGUUUAUGUCACAUGUAUUAGUGAAUAGUGAUGAGCAUUAAUCUUUGUUUUUUUGGUCAUAUUAUGGGGUUGUUAUGUUGGGAAGUGUCACUUGAGGUACUGCUUUGUUUUUAGACAGUAUUAGAUUGAGUCUAUUUAUAGGGAGUAUGGGGCUAGUUGUUUUGUAUGACUAAAAAAAG